AUGAAUAAUAACACAUAUGGAUUAACCUUAGAAAUAGAACAAGCGCACCAGACGAAUAUACACUUCCUGGAUAUUGAUAUCAAGGUAGAAGAGUCGGUAAUUCACACGGCAGUAUACCAUAAGUUAGGAACAAAAGGCAUAUACAUACCAGUAGGGUCAUGUGACCCACCGCAAUAUAAAGUGGCACCAUUUAAAGCCCUAAUUAAGAGAGCACACACACACUCUUCUACCGAGCCAGCCCUACAAUCAGAGCUAAGAUCUAUACAACGAAUAGCCGCUGAACACGGAUACAGCAAACUCGUACGCAAGUUAUGGCAUGAGUAUCAAAACACAACUCAAGACCUUCCGCUAAGAGAAGAACGACAAGAUAUGGAUAAGAUCAUUCCGGUCAAUUAUAAUCCGUAUAUUAGAAGACUAUAUGGAGAAAUAGCUAAAAAGAACCACAUACGUAUAGCCUACAGAAGGUGCGCUUCGAUCUUCAACAUCCUAACCAACGGAAAAGAUCAACCGGACAAGGAUAAGCUGUCAGGGGUCUACAGCAUACCGAUUAUAGAUCGCAGAUGUGAUAAAAACCUUCUGUAUGUGGGCUCCACCAAGCGAUCCUUAGAGGUUAGACUCAAAGAACACGCUGCUGAUAUUCAGAAACAAAGGAACACGACGGCCCUAGCAGUAUAUGCUUCCGAUCCAGAUAUAUACCCUGAAUUUAAGAAAGCAAGAAUUAUCCGCACGGCACGUACACUAUAUCAGAUGGCUAGAGGCGGCCAGCAUAUACUUAGCUAA